AUGCUGCUCAGAGAGGCUCUAGUCGAUCCUCUUCUCUCGCGGUAUUCAGUGAUUAUGGUUGAUGAAGCACAUGAAAGAUCACUCAGCACUGAUGUGCUCCUUGGAAUUUUGAAGAAGAUCAGGAAGAAGCGUCCUGAGCUUCGCAUUAUUGUUAGUAGUGCAACGCUUCAAGCAGAGGAUUUUCUUCGCUUCUUCGCCGGCGAAGAGUACAAUCCCGAGGCAGAUUCAGCGGAAUUGGGUGGAAGCGUUGGUCGCAUCAUCAGCCUGGAAGGACGGAUGUAUCCAGUCGAUACUCUAUACCUUGAGUCUCCUGCAGAGGACUACAUAGAGCGGGCGGUCAAGACCGUCUUUGAUAUCCACACACAAGAAGGAGAGGGCGAUGUGCUGCUCUUUUUGACCGGCCGGGAAGAGAUUGACACUGCAAUUCAACUGAUAUCCGAAAGAGCGGCAACUCUCCACCCGAAGGCGCCCUCUCUGCUUCCAUUGCCACUAUAUGCUGGUCUCACCACAGAGCAGCAGAUGUAUGUUUUCGAGCCGACCCCAGAAAACACACGAAAAGUAAUCAUCGCGACCAACAUUGCUGAGGCUUCUGUCACAAUCGACGGAAUUGUAUUUGUGAUCGAUUCCGGGUUCGCCAAGCUCAGAGCAUACAAUCCCAGUACUGGCAUUGAAACAUUGACCGCAGUGCCAAUAUCGAAAGCAUCUGCCACACAGCGAGCUGGUCGCGCUGGACGAACGAAGCCCGGCAAGUGCUUUCGUCUAUACACCCAACAAGCCUUCGAGCAAAUGCCAGAAGCAACUGUGCCUGAAAUUCAACGGUCAAAUCUCGCGCCGGUUAUCAUGCAACUCAAAGCCCUGGGCAUCGAUAACAUUGUCCGAUUCGACUUUUUGACCCCACCACCAGCAGAACUUGUCAUUCGUGCAUUUGAGCUUUUGUACUCUCUUCGUGCAGUUGACGAGUAUGCUAAACUCACGAAACCACUAGGAACGCGGAUGGCCGAAAUUGCUCUCGAUCCGAUGAUGGCUAAAGUUCUUCUCGCUGCGCCAUCUUUCAAUUGUUUGAGUGAGAUCCUCACGAUUGCGGCCAUGGUCAACCUCCAGGGGACGGUGUGGGUUCAGCACGCAGGAGAAAAAAGAUCUGCUGAGAUUAAACGACGAAAGUUUGCCGUCGAGGAAGGGGAUCAUUUGACGUACCUGAACGUGUAUCAGGCCUUCGUCAUGAAGGGAAAGAAGGAGUCCAAAUGGUGUCAUGAUAAUCUUUUGAAUUACCGGGCUCUGACGCGCGCAGUGAGCAUUCGAGGCCAAUUGAAGCGGUAUUUGGAGCGCUUUGGAAUUCAAGUGGAUGAAACACUCUCAUCCCGCAAAGGCCCAGCGGAUCUGAGCAGCCAGCCUGAGCGGAUUCAGCGCUGUCUCACCACGGGUUAUUUUGCCCACGCUGCAAAGAUGCAACCUGAUGGAACAUUUAAGACUGUCAGCGGAGGGUUGACUCUUCAUGCCCAUCCAACUUCGUUGAUGUUUGUAAGUGCUCAGUAA